UUGAGACAUUAAAUUAGUAAUUAUCUUUCUUUUUUUUUUUUUUUUGUAAAAAGGUGUGAAUUUUAGGAGAAAAAAGAAAAAGCUAUAUCUAUAUCUAUAUAUAAUAUUAUAAUUAUAAUAGAUAGGUUUGUUGGUUAGAAAUGCCGGAGGAAGAUGUUUUAGAGCUUAAGUUUAGAUUAAUAGAUGGAUCAGAUAUCGGUCCAUUUCGAUACUCACCGGCUUCUACUGUUGCCAUGCUUAAGGAGAGAAUUGUUGCUGAGUGGCCUAAAGAUAAAAAAGGUGGACCCAAAUCAGCGAACGACAUUAAAUUAAUAAAUGCGGGGAAAAUUUUGGAAAACAACAAAACUGUUGGCCAGUGCAGAACACCUUUUGGGGAGCUUCCGAAAGGUGUAAUUACGAUGCAUGCUGUUGUACAGAUGUCUUUAACCAAAGCAAAAACAGAAAAGAAGAUCGAUGAAGCUCCAAAGAAGAACGUCUGUUCAUGUACCAUAUUGUAAGAAGUUUGAGUUUGUUCAGAUUUAUCAUCUGGUGGAAGUCCAGUAUGGGGCUGUGAAACCAGGUGGUAUGAGAAAAAUAAUGGGUAAACAGUGUGAUACCACAUUGUCAUGUGUUGGGUGGAGGGGAAAUCUCAUGAUGUUAUUAUGUGUAGUGUGUUUUUAUGUAUAAUGUGUUGCUUUUUUGUUGUACAUUUGUGGCUUCGGCUUCAGUGAAUACAAGCCCUCGUAGGCUUUUCGUCUUUGCAAAAA